UGUCGUCUGAUGCAAUCUUGUGAGCCCAGGAUGAGCAGGACCACCUUCGGUCAAUGGCUUCUCCUCACUCUUUGGAGCUAAGCGACAUCAGCAGAAGACACAGUGCAGAUGGCCAGGCUCGCCCGGAGCACUCAGGUACUGUCAGAGGUUUUGAGAACCCAUCCUAUGAGGAGCUCGGGGAGACCAGUUUCAGCCAAGAGUCACGUGAUGCCUUGCAGUCGAGUCCUGCAUCGGAGGUGAGGGGAUGGGGGAAGGAGAACGUAUCUCCUCACUCCGAAGACAGUCGAGAACCUGAGCCGGCAAGCCACUCUGUGGAUUACGGUUUCAUCUGUUCCUUAGUGCUGCUGGUUAGUGGCAUCAUUCUGGUGGCCAUAGCCUAUACCAUACCGCGGGAGGUGCGGGUGAGCCCUGAUUCUGUGUCUGCCCGCGAGAUGGAACGACUAGAACUCUACUAUGCACGUCUGGGCGCCAACCUCGACAAGUGCAUCAUCGCAGGUCUGGGCCUGCUCACGUUGGGGGGCACCCUCCUUUCCAUCCUACUCAUGAUCUCCAUUUGUAAAGGGGAGCUCUAUCGCCGGAGGAAAUUCAGCGUGGCCAGAGGGCCCAGGACAAAAUAUGGCUCACUCAACCUGAGAAUGAGACAGAUGACCACAGAAGGUGGUCAGGUGCUAGUAGAACAUGAAGUGAUGGAGAUGACUAACAACGUUACCCACCUCGGGAACGAGCCUUAAGAGCACCAAGGGCAUUUCAAAUUUGCCGACAGGGGGUUAAUGAUUCCGAUGAGCAAAUAUUCUGCUAUAGAGGCAUUAAUGUUUAAUGAGGCCAGAUUAUUCCAUCCUGAGAGGUUCCUGCUGUUUCGAUCUCAGCGACGCUGGGGGAGGGGGGGAAGAGAGAAUCAUUCCUAGCUACACUGUAAGACAGGUUGACGGCAAUAAAGUCUACGACUGCUGGUGUGGCAACUUAAUUUCCAGCCACAGGAUCUCAGUGUACGCCGGGAUUUACAGUGCCACACCGCCUGGGGAAAAAACAGGUAGCCAACCUGUGCUGUAGAAUGUGAAUGUUCCGAUUAAAAGAAUGUUGACUAGGAUUUUUUUUUUCUUUUUUUAAUAAUUGCUAC